AAUAUGGAUGUCGGAGACUGAAUGCUAGAAAGCUUGAUAUUCUGGAUUCAAGAAUGACGUUUCUUAAAACGCAUUGUCCUUCAGAAUUCAAUUGCCGUCCAAACAAGUUAACUAUGUUCCACCAUUUCAAAGCGUCAUGGAGAGUCUUAAGCAAAAUCAAUUGAUGGAAAAUGAAAAGAAGUCGAAGAAAACUUUCACAGUAUCCAGCAGCGGCAGGAUAAUAAAGCCUCCGAAACAUAUUCUCCCAACGUCCUCAGAUGAAGCUCUUAUACGUAGAAAGAAGUCCUCGAAGAAUAUGAUUAGCAUGAAGAAAGAAUUGGAGCGAUUGCGCAGCAUAUACGGAAAAGCAGACAAGGUCACCAAAGUAGUAUCAAGAAACCCUAUUUCAUCGGUCGAAAAAGAAAAUGUUGCAUCCAACGCGUCCCCACACGAUAUAUUGCCCAUUAGGUAUUGUUCAGAUACCAUCGAAAGCAGUUCGAAAAAACCAACAUAUAGUGUCGAGCCGACGAAACAACCAUCUGUCCAUCAUAUCCUCGAAUCUGUACCCCUGUCUAACAUAGUGCUACCAGCAGAGGAAAGCAGUAUAACGAUGAAACACAUGAAGAGUGUUUCUUUCAAUGAAGACUCUCUGCAUUAUUGCAAACAAAUCCUCGACAAACUAAAAAUAAUAGAAUCUCAAAACAAGGAGAUUCUUUUAGACAAUGGAAAAAUAAUGAAAGAGCUCUUGCGCAUGAAUAUGGGCGAAGAGGCACUCAAUAAAAGUUUAUUGAAACCACUUGAUGGCUUUCCCCUGCAUACCAUGGAUCAAUUUACGGAAAUGGGAACUGAUUCUAAAAAAGAAGAGCGGAAGAAAUUGUUUUAUCAUUUAUGCAACCUAGGAGGGUCAAAAUUGAGAGAAUUCCUGAGUGGUAGUUUGAAACAAGCAAUGACUGAUGAGCUGGUCAAUCAUUUUACAUGGUCUGGUGACAAAAAAUCUGAAAAGUUCGGCGAUACUACAAUCGCCAACAUUCUAUAUCUGGCAGCGAAAAAGUGUCCAUUCUUUGAUGGCCCAAAUACCAUAUCUCAGUUCAAAAUCGAAAUGCAAGAAGUUUUGCGAAGUACAAAACAAAGGUUCCGCAACAGCUUGACAAAAAUGAGUAAGUCAGAUCGUGACACCGAUGGUGACGAUGUAGAACUCAUGGAGGAAAUGUAGCCAUUGCAAUUACUAGAAAACGAGUUCGAAAAUGAAGACGUCGAGGACAUGAUGGAUGACUCGAAUGACUCGGAUGACUAGCAGGAAAAUAAUUUUACUGAUUUAUCUCUUUCUAUUAACUAUACAGUAUUAAUUUGCGUUUGAUAUAAUAAUUUAUAUUCUAGAAUUAAUGCAAGUUAUGUUUUGCGUUUGAUAACAUUUAUAUUCUAGAAUUAUGCAAGCUUUAUAUUUUGCGUUUAAUAUAAUAAUAUAUAUUCUAUAGAAUAUAUAUUAUUCCCCCAUAGAAAUUUUGCGCUUGAUAUAAUAAUUUAUGUUCCAGAAUUAACGCAAGUUAUGUGACAAGAUAAAAACGUGCAAUAUAACAUACAUAUGUCACCGUUUCGCAAUUUUAUAGUUUUUAUUUUUCUAUUGCUGUGCAUGUUUUCUUGUCAUAUUAUAUGUAUUUCAUUAACGUU